CGCAACAAGUUACUUCUGAGUGUAUUAUUAUAUUUCGUUCCAGAAAUGUGCCACUGUCAGUCAUAUGAAGAUACAACAGCAUCAGUGGAAUACAGCGUAAGCAGUAGUAGCAGCACAAGUGUUGGAGACCAUCCUGGUAGUCAUGAAAAAGGAAAGGUGUCAUCAGAACACACAAAUCACUCAAGAGAGGCGUUAAAUCUUCAAGCUAAUUCUCCAGAGCCAGUGGUAUUUAUUGAAGAUACAGGAGAUUAUGUUCCAGUUUCGCCUUUAAGAAAAAGAAAUCAAGUUAUCUCAGAAGACGACAUUGAUUGGCAGCAUCCGUAUGAAACGUGGGAUAGGGAAUAUAGGAGAUUUAGAUUUAAUAAUACAAAAGUUCAGCAUAUUGAAGCAGAGUGUCAGGAUGAUUACAUGAAAAUUCGUGUUGGCUUUAAUGGAUCAUUCACAGGUCUUGUAUAUUCUGCAGGGUAUGCUUAUGAUCCUGACUGCAUGUAUAUCAAUGGAACCGGUAGAGACUACUACGAAUUUUUCAUCCAGCUAAACAGAUGCGGCACAUUGGGAAAGAAUACACACAAUGAUGAAAAUCAGAAAACACCUACAAAGAAUUUUAUGUGGAAUACGAUCACUGUCCAAUACAAUCCAUUAAUAGAAGAAGAAUAUGACGAGCACUUCAAGGUGACAUGUGAAUACGGUUAUGAUUUCUGGAAAACCGUUACUUUCCCCUUUCUGGACGUUGAAGUUGCUACAGGGAAUCCUGUUGUGUUUACGCUGACUCCCCCAGAAUGUUACAUGGAAAUUCGGUAUGGAUAUGGUACCACAGGUAAUAGAGUAACCGAACCUGUGAGAGUUGGCGAUCCACUAACUCUUAUGAUUUAUAUGAGAAGCAAAUACGAUGGAUUUGACAUUGUCGUUAAUGAUUGUUACGCACACAAUGGAGCGGCAAAGAAAAUUCAAUUAAUUGAUGAAUAUGGCUGUCCUGUGGAUGACAAGUUAAUAUCAAGAUUUAGGGGAUCUUGGUCGGAUUCUGGAGUCUAUGAAACCCAAGUGUACGCCUACAUGAAGACUUUCCGAUUUACAGGAUCGCCAGCUUUAUACAUUGAAUGCGAUGUUAGGAUGUGUCAUGGCAGAUGUCCGAGUCAAACAUGUCAUUGGAGAAACAUUAAAAACGUCAGAAAAAGAUCUACGGAUACCAAUCUUACGACGGCUGCUCCAGUAUCGUUGUCAGAAAAUGUGAACUUAUUCCAGUCCUUAAGAGUUCUUCAAGAAGGUGAAACCGACGAAGAAAGAAAUAUAUCCGUGUCCAAUGCCCCUGUCGACCCAAACAGCGUCUGCUUGAAAACCGGAUGGUUUUCUGCUCUACUCGCGUUGGGAGGAGGUGGUAUGUGUCUUCUGGGCGGUGCUCUUCUAGCCACCUGUACAAGAAUGAAGAAGGUUGCCAUAGAUAAAGUUUUAGUUAGUAGUCAGUUUAAUGGUUACAUGAACCAUAGGGGAAGCAUCAAUUAAACAAAUCUUUGUAAAACCGGGAUCUCAUUGAAGGCUGCGCGGCAGUUUACGUCGACAAAGAGAAAUAGAAAAUAGAUAAUAGUUAAAAGAAAAGAGAGCAAUGUUGGCGCACCACGUUAAUGUGAAAUUAAGAAAUACCAGAUGAUUCACUGAAACACAACGAUUUGGCAACGCUGCUGACGAUAAAAUAGAGGAGCCGCGGGCUUGCGACGGAAACGUUGUGAAUCUAGAAAGUGGGAAGUUUAGUUAUCAUGGAGAAGUGGUCGGGCGAACAACGCGCAUUUGCUGUGAAAGCUUAUUACAAAAAUGGUGAAAGUCUUGUGCUUGCAUAAGAAGCGUUUCAUUUACACUACAUAGGGGAGUGCAUAUAGAUUUUCACUUCGGAAAAAAUCAAACAAGAUAGAACUUUUUGUAAUUUCAUUAAGUUGUCAUGUUGUUUAAUAAACAACAUAUCAAAAAGUUCUACUCGAGAAGUAGGUACUUCAUUUUUUAUUAAACAAAUGAACUACGAAAUUAGAUGUUUUUUAAAUAACUCCGAAAAUUUAAAUUUUAGAAAAAAAAUGAUGACCAUUGAAAAAUUCAGAAAAUUUUACAAAAAAAAAACUUAUAUAAAGAAUUUUCUAAAAUUAAAUCUGUAUCUUCUAUAAUUUUU